UUAAAGAAAAGAAGAAGUACCGUCUUUUUAAACAGACGUCGCGUGUCGAUCGUUUCGCGUGUUGUUACAGACCCAGUGAGAGAGAGUGAGUGCCCGGCUGCUGCACUUCAGCGCGUGUUGAUGUGAUAUUAUGGCGGUGAAUCUGGAUAAAGACGCGUUUUACCGCCGCAUCAAGCGACUCUACGGGAACUGGAAGAAAGCAGAAGAUGAGUUCGGGAAGGUGGACGCCAUCGUGGUUUCUGUCGGAGUCGACGAGGAGAUCGUCUACGCCAAGUCUACAGCCCUUCAGGUGCAACACAACACUGCUUCUGAAAUGUUAACGGCGUCCGCGCGGUCGUCUCAUAACGAGAGCAACAAGGUGAACUUCGAGAAGAUGAUUGAAGCCAUCCGCGGAAGUAGAGACGGCAAGACGGUCGGCGUGUUCAUGAAGGACAAGUUCCCGGGAGAAUACAUGAAGAGCUGGAGCGACAUGAUCACGGCCGAGGGCCUGGAGAGGGUGGACGUCAGCACGGCGGUGGCCUACACGAUGGCGGUGAAGGAGGACGGAGAGCUGGCGCUCAUGAAGAAGGCGGCUGCCGUCACCAGCGACGUCUUCACCAAGUUCUUCAAGGAGCGAGUGAUGGAGAUCGUGGACGCCGACGAGAAAGUCAAGCACAGUCGUCUGGCCGAGUCGGUGGAGAAGGCCAUUGAGGACCGGAAGUUUCUGGGCGGCGUGGACCCGUCGACGGUGGAGAUGUGCUACCCUCCCAUCAUUCAGAGCGGCGGCAGCUACAGCCUGAAGUUCAGCGUGGUCAGCGAUAAGAACCACAUGCACUUCGGCGCCAUAACCUGCGCCAUGGGCAUCCGCUACAAGUCCUACUGCUCCAAUCUGGUGCGCACGCUCAUGGUGGACCCGCCGCAGGAAAUGCAGGACAAUUACAACUUCCUGCUGCAGGUGGAGGAGGAGCUUCUGAAGGAGAUGAAGCACGGAGUGAAGCUGUGUGACGCCUAUAACACCGUCCUGGAGUUCGUCAAGAAAGAGAAACCAGAUCUGGUCAGCAAACUGACAAAAAACCUCGGGUUCGCUAUGGGCAUUGAGUUCAGAGAAGGAUCGCUCGUACUGAACGCCAAAAAUCAGUUCAAACUCAAGAGAGGGAUGGUGUUCAGCAUCAGUCUGGGAUUGGCUGACAUGAUCAACAAAGAGGGGAAGAAAGACGAGCAGAAAAAGUACGCCCUGUUCAUCGGAGACACCAUACAGAUCAAUGAGGAGGAUCAAGCCACCGUCCUCACGCCCGUCAAGAAGAAGAUCAAAAACGUUGGCAUUUUCCUGAAGAACGCUGAUGAAGAGGACGAGGAGGAAGAGGACGAUAACGCGGAGGAGCUGCUGGGGAAAGGAGCUCGCGGCGCCGCCCUGCUCACAGACAGAACCAGGAAUGAGAUGACGGCUGAGGAGAAGAGGCGGGCCCAUCAGAGAGAGCUGGCCAAUCAGGUGAACGAGGAGGCCAAGCGGCGUCUGACGGAGCAGAAGGGAGGACAGCAGAUACAGAAAGCCAGAAAGUCGAACGUGUCGUAUAAGAACGUCUCCCAGAUGCCCCGCGAGAAGGACAUCAGAGACAUGAAGAUCUUCAUCGAUAAGAAGUACGAGACGGUCGUCAUGCCCGUGUUCGGCAUCGCCACGCCGUUCCACAUCGCCACCAUCAAGAACAUCAGCAUGUCUGUGGAAGGAGAUUACACGUAUCUGAGGAUAAACUUCUUCGUUCCGGGCAGCUCGCUGGGACGCCACGAUGGGAACAUCUUCCCCAACCCCGAGGCCACGUUUGUCAAAGAGAUUACGUACCGCGCGUCGAACCUCAAGUCGCCCGGCGAUCACUCCGUUCCCUCCACCAACCUGCAGAACGCCUUCCGUAUCAUCAAAGAGGUGCAGAAGCGCUACAAGACCCUCUGUGUGUGUCUCUCUCCAGGUUUCCGUUUCACGUCAGUACGCGGCGAUAAAGUCGACAUCCUUUACAACAACAUCAAACACGCCAUUUUCCAGCCCUGCGACGGAGAGAUGAUCAUCGUGCUGCACUUCCACCUGAAGAACGCCAUCAUGUUCGGUAAGAAGCGUCACACGGACGUGCAGUUCUACACGGAGGUGGGCGAGAUCACCACAGACCUGGGCAAACACCAGCACAUGCACGACCGCGACGACCUCUACGCCGAACAGAUGGAGCGAGAGAUGCGACACAAACUCAAAUCCGCCUUCAAGAACUUCAUCGAGAAGGUCGAGUCGCUCACUAAGGAAGAGCUGGAGUUCGAGGUUCCUUUCAGAGAUCUCGGAUUCCAGGGCGCCCCCUACAGGAGCACCUGCCUGCUGCAGCCCACUUCCAGCGCCCUCAGUAAUGUCACGGAGUGGCCUCCGUUCGUGGUGACGCUCGACGAGGUGGAGCUGGUUCAUUUCGAGCGAGUCCAGUUUCAUCUGAAGAACUUCGACGUGGUCAUCGUUUAUAAGGACUACAACAAGAAAGUCACCAUGAUUAACGCCGUGCCCGUCAACUCUCUGGACCCCAUCAAAGAGUGGCUCAACUCGUGCGAUAUCAAGUACACUGAAGGCGUACAGUCUCUGAACUGGACCAAGAUCAUGAAGACCAUUGUGGAUGAUCCCGAGGGCUUUUUCGAGCAGGGCGGCUGGUCCUUCCUCGAUCCGGAGAGUGAGGGAAGCGGCGCGGAGCAAGACUCCGAGUCUGAGAUGGAGGAUGAGACGUUUAACCCCUCGGCUGACGAGGAGGAGGUGGAAGAGGAGGACAGCGAUGAAGAUUACUCCUCGGAGACCGAGGACUCUGAUUACAGCGCGUCUCUGGGCAGCGAGGAGGAGAGCGGCAAAGACUGGGACGAACUAGAGGAGGAAGCCAGGAAAGGUGAGAUGCACUAAAAAAACCCAUGUUAAUCUGACCUGCUGCUGUUUCCCUCCAAAGCAAUGACACUUCCUGGAGCUUUUGGUGUAUGAAGGUGAAUAGGCUCCAGAUUUGAACUAAUAGAUCACCAUACUUUCCUCUGAUUAAUCACAGUACAUGUUUUGUGUUUCAAGUAUGUGAUUGAGGCAUCAAAAAUGCAGUCAUUUGCAUGCAUUUCUAGCACCUAAAUCUGAA